AUUGGAUUAUGAAUUCUUCCAACCCAACGCCAAUUGCCUUUUUUCGUCUAACGCAUCCAACGGCACGAUCUCGAGCAAUAGACACGUAUAAAAAAUGCUUUGAACUUGCUUUACGUCGUAGUGAAGGUGCAACUCUUGAUAAAUUGAAAGCUGUGAACAAUAAUGAAGAAAUUAUGCAACAAGACUGGGAAAUUUGGCUAAAAGAAAAGAAAGCGAUCCAAGUUUGUCGAAUGAACCAUGAUACGAAUUUGCAAAUUCAACAAGACUUUGCCAUAACGAUGAAGACAAUUGCUGGUGCACCAAAAAACGUUAUUGAGGAACAUAAUAAUUUUACAUCGGGAAGUCAUCGCAUGACAAGUGAAGAACUCGCUGAAGAAGAGGAUGAUGAAGAUGAUGAACCUUUAGUCCCAAAAAAAUUGAAAUUCGAUGACUGUGAUACUAAUGAAAGUGACGAUAUAGAACCUCAAAGUAUACAUUCGGAAUUAACAGGAUACAGUCCAGAUAAUCCAUUUUUUAUACAGGCUAAAGAUGAUUCAUCGG